UUAGGAAGAUUUUAGAAUUUUGUGAUUUGUCAGGGUUGCCUUUGAAUGCUAAGAAGUGUGAAGUCUUUUUUGUGAGUGCUAGUGAAGGUGAAGCGGCUCAUAUGUACUCUGAGAUUUCGUCAUUGUUACCAGGGAUUAAGCGGGUUGAUGAGUCUUCGUUGGAGAUGUUGGGCUCGCCUGUUUUUGAGUUAGGUUUAGAAAGGAUGUUUUCAGCAAAAGUUGAAUCUAUCAAGUUGAUGUGUGAUCGUUUAACUUUGAUGGAUGUUCAUCCUGCUUUGUGUGUUUUUAGGAAGUCUCUCGGUAGUUCUAGGUUUAAUUAUUUGUUGCGUUCUUCGAAGGCGUUUUUGUUAGGUGAUCGCUUGAGAGCUGUUGACGAGAUUUUCCGUUCAACUCUCGAAGCCAUUGCGAAUGUGAAGAUGUCUGAUUUUUCUUGGGACCAGGCUUCUCUUCCUUUAAGCUUUGGAGGUAUAGGUGUUAGGAAAGUUGAGGAUAUUGCGAUGCCAGCUUAUCUGUCGUCUGUUUAUUCUACUUUAGAACUGUCGAGUGAGAUAUUGAGAAAGUUUAGUUUUCAGGUAAUCGAAACUAGUGUUUUGGAAUUAAUUGAGGAAAUACCUCGAGAUUUUGUUCCAGAAGGUGACGAGAAGAAGAAGAAGCAAAAGAAUUGGGAUCUGCCGAUGAUUAAGAGUAAAUUCGAUGAGAUGUUUGACUCCAGCGAACCUGUUGCUCGUGCAAGACUACUUGCAUCAUCAACCAAAGAAUCUUCAAAGUGGUUGCAAGUAGUUCCAUCGAGCCAAUUGGGUUUGCUAUUGGAUAACAACUCUGCUAGAAUUGCUGUUGGUCUUCGUUUAGGUUCUGGUUUAUGCGAGGAACAUAAGUGUGUUUGUGGUGGAAUGGUUCAAAAGGAUGGCUUACACGGCUUAUCAUGCAAAAUGAAAAUUAAAAAAAUUGCUGCGCAUGAUGAAGUCAACAAAGUUUUUUCUCAUGCAUUUUCUUCAGCAGGAUUUCCAACCAUGUUACAACCGCCAGCUUUCGAGACUUUAGGCUGUAUGGGACCUGAAACAAAGAAAUUCAUUGAGAAAUUAGGAAAAAUUAUAAAGGCCACUUCAGGGGAACCGCGAUCAAUGGAUUAUUUAUUGCAGAAAAUUUCAAUUGCGAUACAAAGAGGCAACGCUGCGUGUAUUUUGGGGACUUUGGGAACGGAUAGAGUAGAUGAUUUUUAUGUUUUGUAACCUUUGAUUUUUGAAAAGAUCGUUUUUUUACG